AUGGCCUCCCGUGGACUUCCCCGUGCCCUCCGUCUGGCCCGCGUCGCGGCCCCCCGGUCCGUCGUGACUGCCGCCCUCCCCCGUCCUUCCCUGGCCAAGGCUGCCUCCGCCGCUCUCCCCCGUGUGACCGCCACCCCCGUCGUCCCCUCCCGCGGUGUUAAGACCAUCACCUUCGCUGAUGACAAGGAGACCGUCUACGAGCGUGAGGACUGGCCCCGUGAGAAGCUCCAGGAGUACUUCAAGAACGACACCCUUGCCCUGAUCGGCUACGGCUCCCAGGGUCACGGUCAGGGUCUCAACCUCCGUGACCAGGGUCUGAACGUCAUUGUCGGUGUCCGCAAGGAUGGUGCUUCCUGGAAGGAGGCCAUCCAGGACGGCUGGGUUCCCGGCAAGAACCUGUUCGAUGUCACCGAGGCCGUCAAGAAGGGUACCAUCAUCAUGAACCUGCUCUCCGACGCCGCUCAGUCCGAGACCUGGCCCACCCUGAAGCCCCUCAUCACCAAGGGCAAGACUCUCUACUUCUCCCACGGUUUCUCCCCCGUCUUCAAGGACCUCACCAAGGUCGAUGUUCCCACCGACGUCGACGUCAUCCUCGUCGCCCCCAAGGGUUCCGGCCGUACCGUCCGCACCCUCUUCCGUGAGGGCCGUGGUAUCAACUCCUCCGUCGCCGUCUUCCAGGACGUCACCGGCAACGCCAAGGAGCGCGCCAUUGCCAUGGGUGUCGCCGUCGGUUCCGGCUACCUCUACGAGACCACCUUCGAGAAGGAGGUCUACUCUGACCUCUACGGUGAGCGUGGUUGCCUGAUGGGUGGUAUCCACGGUAUGUUCCUCGCUCAGUACGAGGUCCUCCGUGAGCGUGGCCACUCCCCCUCCGAGGCUUUCAACGAGACCGUUGAGGAGGCCACCCAGUCCCUCUACCCUCUCAUCGGUGCCAACGGCAUGGACUGGAUGUACGCCGCUUGCUCCACCACCGCCCGUCGUGGUGCCCUCGACUGGUCCAACCGCUUCAAGGACAACCUGAAGCCCCUCUUCAACGAGCUCUACGACAGCGUCCGUGAUGGUUCCGAGACCAAGCGCUCGCUCGAGUACAACUCCCAGAAGGACUACCGCGAGAAGUACGAGAAGGAGAUGCAGGACAUCCGUGAUCUCGAAAUCUGGCGCGCCGGCAAGGCCGUUCGCUCCCUCCGCCCCGAGAACCAGAAAUAA